CAGAGACAGGAAAUCAAAACCUGAGACAUGCUGCGGUGGAACUGGUGGGUGAGUUUCCACAGCCCGAGGGAGAUUUGGAAGGAGCACCCUACUAUGAUCCUGUAUGAACUACUGUUCUUUGCACUUGCAGUUCUGAGUCUGAAGCAUGCCUUUCGCAACGGUGGAAGGUGGCCCUAUUUGUGGAUGGCUACGCUUGUUCAUGGACUUACAACAGAGACACUGUCUUACUUUGUACCUGACGUUGACAACUUCUGGCAUGCACAGUCCAGUGUCAUGCUUUUAGGCAAACGUCUGCCACUGCACCUUCCUCUGCUCUAUCCUGUAUUUCUUUACCAGUCGUACGCUGCCAUCAGCUGCCUCAGACUACCAUGGUGGGCAGAGCCUUUUGCUGUUGGCUUGGGAGAGCUGCUCUUUGACCUACCAUACGACACCAUGGGUAUAAAGUUACUCUGGUGGACGUGGCAUGACACAGAUCCAAACAUCUAUGACAGACAUUACUGGGUUCCUUGGACAUCGUAUAUAUUUCAUCUUUCAUUUGGCAGCACCUUCAUCUUCCUCACAAAUACAGGCAGGAAAUUCCUAAUAGGAUAUUCAGGGAAGGAUGGAUCUGCAGGGUUUGUCCGAGAGCUUGCUUUGGUGGUCUUUGCAGGGCUGUUCACCUUUCCAGUGGCUGUAUUUACUCAGUUUGUACCAUUCUACCAUUUACCACAUGACCUAUAUGGAAUCCACACCGAGAACACAGUCAUAGGGAUGAUAGGUCUUUAUGUCUUGAUAACAUGGAUAGCUGAUCGGUACAAGCGACAUGAUGAUGACAGGACAGGAUCUGGAGGAAGGUUGUCAUGGUUACAGCAUGAGACCGGACAGGCAGCUGCGCUUUACUAUGUUUUCUUUGUGUGCCUUGUGGUUGUGGCUGAUCCUGAAAAAGUAAUUUCAACAGGGCUUCACCAGCACACAGGAUCGUGCAACAUGACUUCGACCAUAACAUCAGUACUAGGACAGGCCUUGCCUCGGAGGCCCUAUCUCUGCACUGAGAAUUAUGACGAGGGUGUAUUUGACUGGCAUUGCUUGCCUGGUGGGCAGCAUCCCCCUGACAAUUUCACCUGGUACAGUAUUUGUGGUACAGCCUACCCAAACCACGCUGAGUAUAUCUACAACGUUACAGCCUUCUGCCUGCUUGGACUCACUUUCUAUAGGACGGUGUUGCAUGGCUGGCUGAGGCAUGGAACAAGAGUCAAAGCAGAGUAAUGAACCCUAGGAGUGCAAUGAACUCUAGCAGCAUAAUGAACCCUAGCAGUGUAAUGAGCCCUAGCAGUGUAAUGAACCCUAGCAGGAUAAUGAACCCUAGCAGGAUAAUGAACCCUAGCAGUGUAAUGAGCCCUAGCAGUGUAAUGAACCCUAGCAGGAUAAUGAACCCUAGCAGCGUAAUGAACCCUAGCAGCAUAAUGAACCCUAGCGGCAUAAUGAACCCUAGCAGUGUAAUGAACCCUAGCAGUGUAAUGAACCCUAGCAGGAAAAUGAACCCUAGCAGGAUAAUGAACCCUAGCAGUGUAAUGAGCCCUAGCAGUGUAAUGAACCCUAGCAGGAUAAUGAACCCUAGCAGCGUAAUGAACCCUAGCAGCAUAAUGAACCCUAGCGGCAUAAUGAACCCUAGCAGGAUAAUGAACCCUAGCAGAUAAUGAACCCUAGCAGCGUAAUGAACCCUAGCAGGAUAAUGAACCCUAGCAGCAUCGUGAACCCUAGCAGUGUAAUGAACCCUAGCAGGAUAACGAACACUAGCAGCGCAAUGAACCCUAGCAGGAUAAUGAACCCUAGCAGCAUAACAAACCGUAGCAGUGUAAUGAGCCCUAGCAGCAUCACGAACCCUAGCAGCAUCAUGAACCCUAGCAGCGUCAUGAACCCUAGCAGUGUAAUGAUUCCCAGCUUGCAGCAUCUUUACUGUACCUCACCUCUUGCAUUAACAACACAACAUGGUUAAAGAUUUUGAGCAUUUUUCUUCCCUUGACCUUCAUGCCUUGUACAGUUAUACCUUUUACAGUCCCCCUUUUUUGAUACUAAGUACUUUUAACUUGGAGCUAAGAAAAGGGUUGUCUUUUUUAACUUACAUAAGUUAUGAGCAUUUGUCACUUCCUGGUGGUUGUAGUGUAUUUUGUAAUGAGCAUUUAUUUGCUUAACAUUUGUUGACCAGGAAAGUCUGACUAGGAUAGAGCCUAUUUUCAGUGGAGGCCUGGGGAGAAACACUCCA